CUGAAAAAUCGACCCUCUGCAGGGCAGGCACCACUCUCCUCACGUGUCCUGCGGAGUGCAGACCGGACCGGAGCAGGAGGGACGACAUGGCGGCGACCAAGACAGAGAACCUCUCCGUCGUGGUUCAUGGAGUCGGGGACCUGCGCCUGGAGAACUAUCCUAUUCCUGAACCAGGCCAGAAUGAGGUGUUACUGAAGAUGCACUCGGUUGGAAUCUGUGGCUCAGAUGUCCACUACUGGCAAAAUGGUCGGAUCGGGGAUUUUAUCGUGAAAAAGCCAAUGGUACUGGGGCAUGAAGCUUCAGGAACUGUUGUAAAAGUGGGAUCCUCGGUCAAGCACCUAAAACCAGGCGAUCGCGUUGCCAUUGAGCCCGGUGCUCCCCGACAAACUGAUGAAUUCUGCAAGAUAGGCCGGUAUAAUCUGUCACCCACCAUCUUCUUCUGUGCCACACCGCCAGAUGAUGGGAACCUCUGCCGAUUCUACAAGCACAACGCCGACUUCUGCUAUAAGCUUCCUGACAACGUCACCUUUGAGGAAGGCGCCCUGAUCGAGCCGCUGUCUGUGGGGAUCCAUGCCUGCCGGCGAGCCGGAAUCACCCUGGGACAGAAAGUCUUAGUGUGUGGAGCUGGACCAAUUGGAUUGGUUACGUUGCUUGUGGCCAAGUCAAUGGGAGCGGCUCAGGUGGUGGUGACUGAUCUGUCUGCCUCACGGUUAUCUAAAGCCAAGGAAGUUGGGGCUGAUUUCACCCUCCAGAUCUCCAAGGAAAAACCUCAGGAAAUUGCCAGCAAAGUGGAAGGUCUGCUAGGGUGCAAGCCGGAAGUCACCAUCGAGUGCACUGGAGCAGAACCUUCCAUCCAGACAGGCAUCUACGUCACUCGUUCUGGAGGGACCCUGGUGCUUGUGGGACUGGGUGCUGAGAUGGUCCAGGUGCCCCUGGUGAAUGCAGCUGUCCGAGAGGUGGAUAUCAAGGGCGUAUUUCGAUACUGCAACACGUGGCCGACAGCGAUUUCAAUGCUUGCAUCCAAGUCUGUGAAUGUAAAACCGUUAGUCACUCAUAGGUUUCCUCUGGAAAAAGCUCUGGAAGCCUUUGAAACAUCCAAAAAGGGAUUAGGCGUGAAAGUCAUGCUCAAAUGUGACCCCAACGACCAUAAUCCUUAAAGUGAAUUGGCUUUACCUUCCUGCCCACCCUCUCAGCACCUUGGGGCCGAAUAAUUGGAUGGGUGGUGGGCUUUGACACAGGAAUUUAUUCCGAGUAGUAAGGGUAAUUAAAUUAAUUCAUUAAUAAGCAUAACUUGCAUAGAGGAGUUGGUCAUACCUUACAAACACAACGGGAAUGGUCCUGGAAGAACUGAUAGUCAAAACAAGCUGUUUGUGCUGAUAAAAAUUCAGCAAACAGAGCAGCCAGGUGCUGGGAAAUCCACUUCCUGGAGUAGCCAAGUUGAAUAAGGAAAGAAAUCUGCCUUUUAGGUUCCUGGUUCCACCCUGAAAUAUUAAGAGAUUGGUUUUGGAUAGAGAAUUGGCUACCCAAGAAGUUUAUUGACAUGAAAAUCUGCAACUCAGGGUCUAGAGUGAAGGGUUGUCAGCAGCUUUAGUUUAGAGCUUAGGGUUUUUGGAUCUAAGAGUUACCUGCCUUGGUUUGAUGAAUGGGACUGACAUUCCUGUGUUUAAGAUCAUUUUUAAAUCAAUCAAAGCAAUAAACCAAAACCUAUGUGACAUGAAACCUGCUUGCAUUCUUCAAAUGUUGAAACUGGAAACUUUUGGCUGAAGAUCGUCUCCCCUUAAACCUCUGUAUGACCUAUAGUGCAAGGUGAAGAAUAAUCAUGAUCCCAAUACUUAUCAUCCACUUCAUGGACAGGGUCAGCCCUGCAGGCUCCUUUGUCACUAGACCCUGCAGAGAGUACUGGAGUCCUCCUGGCAAACCUGAGAUUCUGCUUCUGAUUAGCUCAGAUCUAUCUUUUGCACCCUCGUGGGAUUAACUCCCCCUUUUAGGUGCAAACUCACAGCUAUUAUUAAAAUUCUAUUAAAUUAUGGGAAUGAGAAACAGAAAACCCUUUUUUGAGUUUCUCAUAUCCAGGUAAGGUCUCUUUCCAUGUGGAUAGUACCUCUGAACAUGUCUGUUUUCAGUCCUGCAGUUUUCAAGCAUUGUUUCCCAAUCACAUUUGCGACUUUGAGGUUAUUAAUCAAGAAUGAGGAUGUAGUGUAGCAGCUGUGAUAUAACUCGGACUGCAGCCUGUUAUCCCUCAUUUCAGGGAGAGGAGCAGCUUGAAGUGGUUCUGCUUCUCUUGUAAGAAGGGAAGGCUAUGUCAGUGUCUGGAAUUCCUGAUUGCUUUAAGGGAACCAAUUCUGCUUGUAAAAUGUUUUCAUGUAUACCUUUGAUGAGGGAAGGAAAGGCUCAGGUUUCCCACUUUACAAAGGAAAGAAUUCAGGAUAUUUUGAAAAGUGAUAAUUUACUUGCAUCAAAUAUAAUCAUAACAUUUGAUAAUUGAAAUUAUCAAUGUGCAGUAAUAAUCUCUGAUCCUCUUAGCAAGCUGUGCAUGUGUGUGUGUGUAGAAGGAAGCACAUAUGUGUGAGAAGCCUUUUAAGAUCCUACCCUCUCCCAGAGAUUACAUAAGAAGCAGAAUAUGACUUUGAAUAAAUUCCUUGGUUUAUCUGUUUA